GGGUAAUGAGUCUUCUCGAUUUGGACCCCUCUGGGGGGCUUACCCUGGGGACACCCAGGAGGAGGUGAGAGGUAGGUUGGGAUGUGGGAAACAAGUCCUCACCAGCCCAAUGGCAGGCUGCGGUGUUCCUGACAUCAAACCGGUGCUGAGCUUCAGCUAGAGUGCUGUCAAUGGGGAGAAGGUAGUGCUGGGCUCCUGGCCCUGCCAGGUAUCCCUGCAGGACAGCAAAGGCUUUCACUUCUGUGGUGGUUCCCUCAUCAGCCAGGCCUGGAUGGUCAUUGCUGCCUACUGCAAUGUUGUAUGAGGCAGCCACUUUGUCAUCCUGGGCGAGUAAGACCCAUCAUCCAGUGCUGAGACUUUGCAGGUUCUGUCCAUCUCUCGGGCCAUCACGCACCCCUCCUGGAACCCCACCACCAUCAAUAAUGAUCUUACACUACUGAAGCUCGCCUCCCCAGCCCAGUAUACAACAUAUAUCUCACCAGUUUGCCUGGCUUCCUCAAAUGAGGUGCUGCCUGAAGGCCAUGUUGUCACCACUGGCUGGGGCCGCCUCAGUGGCAUGAGCAAUGUGACUCCGGCAUGCCUGCAGCAGGUGGUUCUGCCCCUGGUCACCGUCAGUCAAUGCCAGCAGUACUGGGGCUCACAUAUCACCAACUCCAUGAUCUGUGCAAGUGCUUCAAGGGCCUUCUUGUGCCAGGUGAGCACCAGCACCCCAUCCUGUACUCUGCACCUCGUGGCACCCUGCACCCCCCACGCUGACUUCGCCCUUCUUCCCCUCAGGAAUGACUCCAGAGGUCCUCUUAUCAGCCAGAAUGGGAAUGGGUGGGUGCUUACUAGUAUUGUUUCCCGGGGCACCAGUGACUGCAAUGUGUGUGCACCUGCCACGUACACUCGGGUUAGCAAGUUCAGCACCUGGGUCAAUCAGGCAUAGCUUACAACUGAGCCCACCAGAGGCCCUCUCCCCAUCUCAGUCCAGUAAAGACCCCAGGCUAUGUCCUCUCGUAUAUUCCUGUCUGUCUUCCUGGCUCAGGGAA